AUGAAUUGUGGCAAUUUCACUCUUCAUGCACGUCUAAGUUGCAAAAAUUCAAGCACCACUGAAUAUGGAUGUUUUGAUGUUCGAUUCCCCGUCCGAAAUCUCCUUGGUCCUUUCGAGAUCAUUCUCAUCCUCUCUGGGACACAGACAAACUUUCCUCUCAACCGGAAAAGAUUAUUUUGUGCACCUUGAAUCACUGACUUCUACAUAUGCUGCUGCACUCUCCGCACCAAGCAACUCCAUUACUCUCCUGGAUAAGGGACGAUUGAGCGCUGUUGUCACCGUCAAUGCUCAUAAUGACUCAAUAACAUCGUUGAAAUCCUCUCCAUCAAGUUCAAAUUUGGGUCAGCGAGCUCUGCUCUCCUCAGGGCGCGAUGGACUAGUGAAAGUCUGGGAUGACCGGAUAGAGGAGAAAAGUGGUGCUGUGCUGGAGUUCAAGGACGAACGAGCCAUCCUUACUUUCGACAUAUCUGCGAACGGAACAUCUCUCGUGGCGGGUACAGAACACAGUGAGGAGGAGGCGCAUAUCGUGUUUUGGGACGUGCGGUCCCCUAGUCAUGCGACACACAUCAAUACGACUGCACACUCAGAUGAUAUUUCAACCAUCCGUUUUCACCCCAGGAUCACCCAGCUUCUGCUUUCGGCAUCCACGGAUGGUCUUCUUUGUUUGACAGACCCGCGGGAAGAGGACGAAAAUGAGUCCGGAUUACACGUAGGGAAUUGGGGGUGCAGUAUUUCCAAUGCGGGAUGGGCAGAUCCUGGUCCCAGUGGUCCCAGUGGCGCUGGGGGCGUGUGGGCCCACAGUGAUAUGCAGACAGUUUCGUUGUGGAAUGAAGAGCUAGAUCUAGUGCAUGAUUAUGGGGACAUACGGAAACCCAGAAUAGAGGGCUUAUGGGAAUCUGACUAUUUUAUUGACGCAAUAUGGCUGGGAAACGGAAGUCCACUGGCGCCUUCCUCUACUGGAGGGGUGGGUCUAUGGAUGGGGUCUAACAGAGGAGACGCAGCUCUGGUAUUUGCCCAAGAUGCCCAUAAAUUAAAAUUGGAACGUGCUCUAAAGGGGUCACAUUCUGAUGUUGUUCGUUCCAUUCUUUGGGACAUGAAGCAUUCUAUCAUUAUAACAGGAGGCGAAGACUCUCGGGUUUCAGCGUGGUCCGUUUCUGGGGAUCAAACGUUUGAAAAGAAUAUCAGGGGUAGUAUUGACGUGGAUGAAGCGACCCAAGAUUAGUGACGCCAAAGAGAGAAAGAUGAUUUGAAGGCCCGCGAUAAGAACAAGGGAUAUUCGCGCAACUAUGAGACUAGCGGUUGCAUAUUCCUUUUUAAUGCUCUCACCUCAAUUGCAAAGGUGCUCACGGUGCUCAAGCACCCGCAGUAACCGUCGCCCAAACCCUUCAGGAUUUUGCAAGAGACAUGUUAAGGAAUCGCCGCGAUGUUAAAGAGUAUGAAAGGCGCCAAUGAGAGCCGUGGCGAAUAUGUUUGCGGCAAACGUUCCUAGCAGCGGGAACGAGGCUAUCCGGGGAUUAAGCGUUACUGAGAGGAUAUACCGGGUGAGGGUUCCU